UAGUGGUGUUGGUGUUAGUGUGGGUGGCUCAUCUCCAACGAAUUCCUCUUCAAUGAGCAACUCAAUGUGCCUCUCUAAUACUGACCCUUCUACGUCAAGUAAAGAGAAGACCCCAAUGUGUCUUAUUAAUGAGCUUGCCAGAUAUAAUAAGAUUAAACACCAGUACUGUUUAACGGAUGAGAAGGGUCCAGCACACAAGAAGACCUUUACAGUAACAUUGAGGCUUGGGGAAAGUGAGGAAUACACAGCCUCGGGUCCCAGCAUCAAAAAAGCUCAACAUUCGGCUGCUGCCAUAGCUCUCGAGAAGACGCAGUUCAAACACCCUCCCCCAAAGACACAACGACAGAACAAACAAGUAGGAAGCACUCAUAUGAGUUUUGCUAUGCGGGAGAAGCUGCUGUUUAUACCUUUAUGGAGACCCCCCGUCCCCCAAUCCAUACUUCAACAUGCCACCAACAUAAGAGCCAUGUAUAAUCAGAAAUAUUAUGGACGACCGCCACUUUACCCUAUAUUCUUUGUAACAUUAAGAGUUGGCACUCGGGAAUUCAUAGGUAAAGGAACCACAGCUCAACAGGCAAAGCACAACAGCCUCCAAGCUUUAAAAUUAAUGAAGCAACUUCCCAUGCCUGAGAAUGCUACUACGUGUACACAAGGAGAUUUGUCAGAUUUGGACCCAAAUGCAGAUUUGAAAUCUCCUAUCUCCCUUGUUCAUGAAAUUGCACUGAAGCGCAAUUUGACUGUUGCAUUUGAAGUAAUACGUGAAUCGGGUCCUCCACACAUGCGAACUUUUGUCACAGUUUGCAUUGUGGGAGAAUAUAGAACAGAAGGAGAAGGCACAGGCAAGAAGGUCAGCAAAAAACGAGCAGCAGAACUUAUGCUAGAAGAACUACGCAAAUUGCCUGCCUUACCACCAACCUCACUCAUACGAGUUAAGCGUAAACCCACCACAAAGAAGAAAAGUCGAAACCUCAUCAAGGUGGGUCAAGAGGAACAAAAGGCAGCUCCAGAGUAUGGGCAGGGUAUCAAUCCAAUAUCAAGACUGAUCCAGAUCCAGCAGGCUAAGAAAGAGAAAGAGCCAGUGUAUACCAUGCUUGCCGAACGAGGGGUGCCUCGACGCAGAGAAUUCAUCAUGCAGGUAACAGUUGGCAACCAAAGUGCUCAAGGGAGUGGUCCAAAUAAGAAGCUAGCCAAAAGAGCUGCUGCAGAGAACAUGUUACAACUCCUUGGUUACUCCCGCCCACAGCCCCAACCUGGCAAACCUGCUAUCAAGACUGAUGGUGCUCACUCUGACCCUGACAAAACUAGGAAGGUGACAUUCCUUGAAGACGGAGGAGAGACUAGGGGAUCAGAUUCGGCUGUUGUUGGUGGUGUGAAUAACGUCAACCACAUGGGAGGGCCUGCAGUUGGUGGAGGACGUCAGCUAGUCCCAGGUCUCAUCAUGAUGCCAGAUGGCUCAGCUCUUCAUGGAUUCCAGCAGGUUCAGCCACAAGGUAUGGGUAUGGUCAGUGUUGGUCCUAUGGUAAAUAUGCAAGCAACAGCAACAAUAGCAAAGGAACUUUUGAAAUCAGGAAACUCUCCAACAGCAGAAGCAAUGGUAAAGCAGAACCCACCAACUGGCCCACAGGGACCACCACAGGGACCCCCUCCCUCAAGUCAACAGCAGGCACCUAUGCAGCCACCACAACAGCAGCAACAGCAACAGCCCAUGGCAACUUCUCAGCAGCAGCAACAACCACAGCCUCCUCCACAGCAGCAGGUCCCUCAACCACAGGCACCACAACAGCAGCAGCAACAACAGCAGCAACAACAGUCCAUGGUUAAUCAGAAUCAGACUGUGCCAUCAACCCAAGCUGUUCGGCCAAAGGAUCAACUGAUGUAUUUGGCACAGAUUUUAAGCUUGCAAGUGCAGUUUACUGAUUUUCCAAAGGGGAACAAGAGUGAAUAUCUGAGUCUGGUCUCACUUUCCACCAGCCCCCCUCAUGUAUCUCAUGGUGCAGGCCCUACUAUUGAUGAUUCACAUGAUCAGGCUUGCUUGACAGCUCUGCGAGCACUAGCGAAGAUGGGCCUGGACACAGUCACAGCAGCCAAGCAAGAAUAAAAAUCCAGCAAGUGAUCAGCAGGAGGAUAAUAUAAACCCUACUUGUACUGCUGAAGAUGCAGCUGAUGUUGGCAUUAUUUGUCAAUUGGUCUCAUUUUUCCUCUGUACUUGGGUAGAUGCACCAAAUUGAUUAAUGUCCACAUGUGAAGAUUGUAAUAACUAUUCUUGAAACAAAUGCCACUAGACAUUGAGGAACAAGGGAGUCACAGUUUGCAAGAAUUCUUAAGUACCUCCUCAUAUGUGCACAUUUAUGUCACAUAGCAGCUGUGUAAAAGCAGCAACAUAUUUGCUAUAAAGCUUUGAAGUCCUGCAAUGGGUACUAGGAUUUCAGCCUUACUGUCAUGCUGGUUGAUGUAAUCUUCCUCUGCACUUUCAUGUAACCCUUUACAUCACAGUGAUAUGACUAUCGGAAUAUUGAUACACAUUAUCGAUUUCACACACGGCUUGAUCUGUACUUCUGAGCCUUUUGUAAAGCCUUCUCUAGGGCUUCUUAUCUAAUAUUUUAUGUUGCGAGAUAUUAUAUGCGAGCACUUUUAAUCUCACAACUGCCGAUCUCGCCGUAUAUUCUGUCUUCCUCCUCCGUAUUUUAUCUUUUUAAAUCUUAUCUAUUUCAUUAAGCAUAUCCUAAGAGAUUAGAAUUCUUUAUACGGAAGAAAAAGAGAGAUUACCAUGUCCCAAUAUUAAGUGAAACUGUAUGGCAAACAGUGAUAUUAGGGGAUACUGAGCUUUAGCUUUUAUCUGUGCUAAGGCUCAAUUUCCCUACUUAACAAAUUGAUUACCUACAGAAAUGUAUGAUGCCUCCUGCAGACUUAGUGUGCGAUGCUGGUUAUCUGGUGCCACUGUUGGGGUGGAGUGUGGUAGGGAGGGAGGAGACUAUCCACCCUCUCCUGCCCUCCCUCCUACACUCAUGUAAUCUUAGGAUGGUUGUGUACAAGAGCUGCCUCCCAUAGAGAGAUAUUGUAUAUUUAGUCACAGUGCAAUGAGUACUGCAUGUCAUUGUGGUAACAUUCAUGUCAUGUCGUAACAUUUGAGACAACUUAGUCAUUCCUUAAGCUUGUGACCUCUAUUUGUAUUUCCCCUUUGACUUUGGUUCUCUGCUUUUACCGUUUUGAUUAGUACAAGUGGCAUUAAAACAAGGAACAACAAGAAAUGCAACACUGAAGAAAGUAACUAUACUUUUACUUUAAACCAAGUUUUUUCCCAGUCCAUGAUGUUUAUGCUGUCAGGAAUCUUCAUGGUAAGUUUUCCUUGCUUGACUAAAUUAAGAAAAAGUGAUUCUUAGUUGUGUAGAUAUUUUUUGUUAGGUUGAUUAGAGCAGCACUUGAUAUGUUAGUUUAAGUUCAGGCUUCAGACUUCAUAAUUGGUGCACAUCCAACCCCUUGCUCAUCUUUAAGUGUAUCAGUUUUGUUUUGAUUAAGUCACCCUUAAAUAAGUAUCACUUCUGCUUCUAGUCAUAGCAAGGAAUUUUCCCAGAUUAAGUACAGUCAUUAACAUCAGAACAUCAUAAACCAGAAAAAUUAGUGUGAACAGAUCCUUAUAGGGCAGGAAAAGCUGACAUACCAACCAUAGAAUAUUUAAAACUUUUUCAUCCCAGCCCUGAAGUUCCCAUAAUAUCUGAACUCAGUAGAGGUUUAGAUGCUUAUCAGCUUUACAAAUACUUGCAGUUGCUUUUGUCAUUACUACUAGGAUAUCAUUUGUUGUGGAGCAUAGUCAAUUGUUUGUUUUUUUUGGCUGAAAGAUUUCUAUUUAUAGCUCUUCUAUUUGGUCCUGUCAAUGAGAACUGCAAUAACUGUAAGAAGAAAACGUUUAAUAGAAGUGUUUUGGCAGCAAGAACCUUUAAUUAAUGACUUACUGGUACUGUUCUGUUAGCUAUGUCCCUUUAAGGUAAGAGCGCUUCAUAACUUGUUCUUCAUGGCCUCUAGCUGCUUUAACCGAAUGAUGCGAGCUAUGUAACUGUAGAAGAUGAUCAGGGUUUGCCGAGAUGAUCAAGUCCUUUGAUGGUACAAAUAUGCUGUGGAGCCAUGUAAUGUCAGUGAAGAUAGGCAGUGAAUGAGCUCACAAAGUGGCCACAAUGGUAUAGAUGUAAUUGUUAUGCCCCCAUUAAUAACAAAACUGACCUGCUCUUAUGGGGUUAUUAUAUUUGUAAAUGCCUCUCUGCAUAUGUGGUAGCUAUACCAUAGGCUGGAUUUUAAAACAGACACUUUUAUCUAAGCAGAAACUUGCUGCUUCAGCAGAUUGUCUUAAGAAACGAAUUGCUCAAGUGUUUUCUUUACUGCAGUUAAAGUGAUGUUUUAAUAAUCCAUUACCUCAUUUCUUGAGCAAUACCACUCUAAGCUCUCUAACCCCCAACAGAACCAGAUAUAAGGAUUUGGGGCAGGAUAGUGUUAUUCGCCAAACCCCUUUAGUAUGUGUUUAUCAACUGUAGGAUGUGUUAUAUAACCCAAACCCAAUAGUUGUCUCGAGCUUGAAUUUGUAAAUCCAAACAGGAUAUAAAUUUUUGCUUGUGAUGACAGAGGGGUUGACAACAGUGGCGGUUAACACUCUCAUGCUGUGAUGAUGCCGUGAGUGCGACUGAUUACAAUUAUGAACACAUAUGAAGACAACGGAAAAUACUGCCUGAGUGGACUAUGAGCUAUGGCUCGAGUAACUUUCUGGUGGUGUGGUCAAGUGAAUGGUAAAAUGCUUACAGCUGUAGGUUAGAUGGACUGAGAUCUAACCCCACUCUCUGGCUGAAUAAGUGGCAAUAAGAUGGGACAAAAUUAAAUGCGUGUUGGUCUUUAGCACUCUGGACUUCUGCAUAAACCUUGAUUAUGCUAAUUGGCUAAGCAGUAUGACUUAACCAAUUAGAAGUUUCAAGGCCUAUGCAGGAUUCAAGAUCUAAGUAACAAGCACGCCUUAAUAGUACAUGUUUGUUUUAUUCUAUGUAAUUCAGUUUAACCAGGUAUUUUUGUGCCAAUUUCUUCCUGUACGUGAUAUGAUAGUAUUAUCCUUUCUGAUGCCUUAUUAAUCUUUGACUGGAACAAAAACAUGUAGAUCUUUUUGUACCCUAAGCCCAUUAAUGAAAUCUCUUUUAAUCACUAUUGAAUAUCUGAUACUUAUUUUGUGAUAAUUUUUGUAAAGUAGAUAACAUAUGUUCUCUUGUGAUUUAUCAAAGAGCGAAGGGAUUUUUACUUAACCACACCAUCAGGAUUUCAGCUAACUCUAGCUGAGAAAUGUGACAUGACCUACUGUUCUGUGUAUUGCCAUGAGUUACAUAAGGUUCUCUGUCCUCCAGUGUCAAUGGAAAUGGAACCUUAUUAGAAUGUGGUUUAAAGCUGGUAAUGACAGGUCAGGUCACAGAACAAUGAGGUUCCCAAUAUUUAUGAUGUAACUACAACGGCUAUGGCAGCCCUUUGAAAGUCACACAGGGCUGUUAUGGUUGUUGUAGCCUCAUUGCAAAUGUGUGACCUUUUUUAAUGAUGUUUCACUUUCUUAUUUCCCUCAUGUGGUUAAUGGUUCAACUUUAGCUUUGUAAUUUUUUCCUUCUAAGUAAAGAUAAGUAUAUUUAGUGAAUGUGCUUGAUUAAAAUAUUGCUUUUUGGUGACCUGUAUUGCAAUGUCUUAUUGAAAGAACAAUUAAUUUUUUUGCUUGCAAUUUAGAAUUAAAGUGUUUAGAUGCUUCAGUAUUUUUGACUUCGCUGUUGUCUUCAUGUCUAUUCAUUUAGAAUAUUUGAGGAUUCUUGGGGUGUGAUGGUGGUGGCAUGUUCCUGGUCUUGGGUACACAGUAACUGAGAAUUGUCACUUUUUUACUGCCUCACCUCUUUACAAGGUACAAUAUGUAUAAUUCAUGUUUUGUGCUCUCAAUAUUUUGUUUGAAAAUAUUUGAGAAUUCUCUCUAGUUUUGUAAAAGAAAUGCUGCUCCUACAUUAUUUUCAUACAUUAACAAGAAAAGUUUGUAAAAUCAUUUGAGUGUUGGUGCAGAGAUACAGCAAUGAUCUAUAUUCGUUAUGGUGGUAAAUCCAGUGUGUCUGUUUUCUGUUUGUGAAGAUGUUAUUAAGGUAUUACUACCUUGAGGGAAACCAUUAGAUCUACCUAAUAACUAAUAUAGUCCCUCAUUACAAAGAUGUAUGUUGUACUUUGCAAGGCCCACUGUUUUUAUUUAAGAAGAUUUGGUGGAAAUGAUCACAAAUUAAAUGUAUGCUUUGUAAAUAUUUACUUUGUACUUGUUUUCAUCUUCUAGCUAUACCAUCAGCAUUUGUUAAAUGUAAGAUAUUACCAUGAGCCUAUACACUUUUGUUUAUUUUAUUAGCUGCAAUACUAAGACUCACUUUGGACGUUGAGUAAUAAUGUAGGACAUGCGCAUAAUAAUUUCAGUACUUAAUUGAAUAUACACACAAAUUAGACCUGCAGUAUAUACACCAGAGUGUUCAGUGUAAUGAGUCAAAGUGGUCGAAGGUGGAUAAGGUUGCAUGAUUAAUUUAUGUGAUAUACAUUUGAUGUUCAACAAAUUUAAUAUGAUACCUCUUCUGUUUAUAUGGAUUGGAAAUGAGGUAUGUAAUAUAUACAUAGCCCUUUCAUAACAUGUUAGAAAUAUAUUAUUUCCUUAAUGAUGGUUACAACCAAACGUGUUUAGUGUUCAUAAUGAGUAAGAACUGGAAGAAAUUCAAAUACUUUUAACCCUUUUCCAGUAGGGUCAUUUUGUGCUGUGGUAAUAGAUAUAUUCGCAAUUUUCUUGUCAAAAAAAUUUUUAUGUUACCUUAAAAGACUGCAAUUUGACUUGACAGUCUCCAGGUGGUCCACAUCAAGUCACCCUGCAGCGUUUUUGGCAAGGUGACUCGUAAAUAUCAGGGACACCGUCACCCCUACCACCACCACCCCAGUAUCUCAUUAUCCGGGAUGACCUUGACAGAGCCGCCUUCACUAAGGUGUGGACGCCGCCCUAUCUGAUGAGUACCCUACAAUGUAAAUCAAGUACAUCAUAUGCUCUUUUAAUGUUAUUUUUGUAAGGAUUGUGAUUAUGAAGGAGAUGAAGUAGAGGAUUUAGCUUUAUUUGGAUUUUUUGGUUUAAUGCUAUAGCGUGUAAUAGUAUGUUAUAGCUGAUUGCAUAUACAAACGAAAUUGGCAUUUCAUUUACAUUGAAUUUUUCAGGCUGUUGUGUAUAUGAAGUUUUCAUCUGGUGUUUAUGAUAAGUUCAGGUUAUUAAUGUCAUUGUCAGUUAAUUGUCACUUGUUAAAAAUAUUUCUUAUUUUUGUUAUGAGAGCAUAUAUAGAAUCCCAAACUUACAAUAUUUUAAGUGGAUUGUGAUAUUAUUUAUAUGGGAUGAGUCACCUCCCAAGUCUCGGCUCUGUUAUGGUCAAACUCUACAAUAAAAGGUUGAUCUGAA